AUGAAAAUAGUAAUGUUAGGUAAAGGAGGCGUAGGAAAAACUAGUUUGCUUCAUCGAUUUUUAUUUGAUAAAUACAAUUUUAACCAUAUACCUACGAUUGAAGAUAACUAUCAACACAGUAUUAAAGUUGGCAAGCAUACUAUAAGUUUUACAAUUUUAGAUACAUCAGGAAGUUAUGAGUUUCCUGCAAUGCGCAAGCAUGCAAUACAACAUGGUGAUGGAUUCAUAAUUGUUUUUGCUUUUGACAAUGCAGCUUCAUUAAAAGAAGCAAAAAAGUUGUACGAAGAAGUAACAACUCUGCAACCAUUUACUCCUGUCGUUAUAGUUGGAAAUAAAGUUGAUGCAAUACUAGGCGGAAAGGGAAGGUUGUCACAAGAUGAAACUUUGAUAGCAAUAAAAGAGUGGGGAGGAAAAAUACAUUAUUUUGAAUCAUCAGCGAAAAUUAAUUAUAAUGUCAUUUGUGUCUUUAAUACGCUUUUACUGGAUUCCAAAAGCAUAAAUUCGAAAGUAAAAAAGAACAAAAAUUUUUCACACAUGUUAUCCACCGCAAUCAUUUAUCCUCAGCUGUCAACAGAAAAACAUUUACUUCAGCCAUCUUUAUUAAACUCUGCAGAUAAUAAUGAAUCCAUCAAGAUAGAAAAAACAAAGCGUAAGCGAUUGUCUAAUUUUUUUACAUUAAAAAAAAGUAAAAAAUUAAAAAAAAAAGAUUGUGAACGUUUUUAAAAAUUUUAAAGUAUUAAAUGUCAAUCAAAGCUAACGCAGUCAAGUAAAUCCGAGUGAACUACAUGCACCAUUAUAAAAGAAACAAUAU